AUCGCAUUGAAGUCCAGCUGCUCUGUACCAGUCUCGUCCCUGCGACUUCAUCCUUAAUUCUACACAGAUACGAUCUCCGAACCCUCUGCAAUCCAAGUCGCCCUUUCCAAACAUGUCUCAACCACCAGGCAUGUUCAGCGUGCGUCGCCCGCGCGAGACGUUGGGCCACAUUCAGAACUUCUCAGGUAUCCCGCAGCCUGCAUCAGCCAUGAAGCGCAUUCCCUCCUCAGCCUCUCAUGUGCGACACAUCUCCUUGAAUCAAAGCAUACAGCGACCGGCGCAGCCGAAUUUCCAUCGAUCUUCAUCAGGCGGUAAUCUCGCCGACUUGGGAAUGACCACCGCGCGACGCUCCGCUUCUACCAAUGUCUUUGGCAACACAAGUACAGGCCGUCAAAGCCUUGCGCCGAAUCAACUCUUUGGUUCUCAGACUCCCGCCAGCCAAAGUUUACAAAGAAGAAGCAGCAUCUUUUCUCGUCCGUCGGGCCAUGGUCCAAUGGCGCAUCAAUCUUUCUUCUCCCAGCCCCCAGUCCCUGCCGGUGGACCUAAAGAUCCAAGACCGUUGAGGGACUCUUCGUAUAGAGCGCGACUGAGUCAAGAGCUAUUGGAUUAUCUUACUCAGAACAAUUUUGAACUGGAAAUGAAACAUUCACUCACUCAAAACUCGGUCAAAUCACCCACACAAAAAGACUUUACAUUGAUGUUUCAAUGGCUAUAUCGACGAAUUGAUCCGGGCUACAAGUUUCAGAAGAGCAUCGACACAGAGGUGCCUCCCAUCAUGAAACAAUUGAGAUAUCCAUACGAGAAGGACAUCACCAAAUCUCAUUUAGUUGCCGUGGGAGGACAAAACUGGCCUCGCUUUCUUGGACUCUUACACUGGAUGAUGCAGCUAGCCCAUAUGCUCGAUAACUUCUCCCGAGGGGCAUACGAUGAUGCAUGUGCUGAAGCUGGCAUCGAUGUAGCCAGCGAUCGGAUCGUCUUUCGAUUUCUCUUUGGGGCGUACCAAGAUUGGCUCCAAAUGGGCCCAGAAGACGACGAGGAGAGCGAAGAAGCGGCUCUGCAACCACACAUUCAAACCAUGUCAGAUGAAUUUGAACGGAUGAAUGCUAGACACGCCGAGGAACUGAAGAUGUACGAAGCGGAACACGCGACUCUAAAAGAACAGGUAGAAGAGUUCGAACGGAACGCGCCUGAUGUGGCCAAACUGGACAAACACUUCAAAAUUCUGGAAGACGACAAGAAAAAGUUUGAAGAGUACAAUCUCAAUGUGCAGAAUAAGAUUGAAAAGUACGACUCAAGGAUCAAGAUUCUCGAGGCCGAAAUCCAAAAGGUGGAAGCGGACCUUGCAAUCGUUGAAGCCGAGCGCAACAGCCUACAAGCAUCCGUUGACCGACAAGGACUCAACAUUCAGGACAUUGACCGGAUGAACACUGAACGUGAACGACUGGCCAAGUCGCACGAGGAUGCAGUCACCACUCUACAUGAAGUCAACAAGACAGUCGUGGACAAGGAAGCCGAGACAUCUCGCAAACUUGAAGACCUUGAGGCGAUGAUCAAACGCUAUAAUAGUUUGGGUUACCAAAUAUCUCUGAUCCCGGCAACGGCGCAUAAUGCUAAAGGACAUGAUUAUGAGGUCAAGCUCAACCUCACUUCGCCUCUGUCCGCCUCAACAUCCACCUCAAGCCGGCGAACCAUCCAGCACACAGACUCCUCUGUCUACCUUCUCGCAGACGCCAGCACCAACACCGGCUACUCGCCGAUCCAUCUACUCAACCUUGACCUCCGCGGCUCGGUGCGGAAUGCUUUGAUGGCGUUACGUAAAGAAGUGAACGAGCGGCGCAAGACGGCUGCCGAGUCGGAUCUCAACGCUCGCGACUUUCUCGACAACAUCUCGGAAGCCUUGCAUGAGAAAAACACCGAGAUCGACAACCUCAAUUACCGAGUCAACGAGGCGUCUCGCAACUACGCGUCACUGAAGGAGCAAGGCAUGACAUCUCACACGCAACAGACCUCUGCCGUUGAGAAACUUGAGAAGGAGCUUGGUCGGAUGCGAGAAGGUCUUGAAAGGGGAGUUGUGGAGCUUGAACAGCGUGAGAUGGAAGUCGGCGUCGCUUGGGAAGCGAUGCGCGAGGAGGCGAGUCGGGUCAGAGAAGAACUACAUGGUGGUAUUGAGCGGUGUCUGGAAGAUGUCAUCAGAUUCAAAGUCCAUGUUCAAAAGGGCUUGGAGGAGUUUGAAGGUUGGGUUGGUGAGGAGGUUGAGGUGGAGUUGCUAGGAGAUGAGAUGGAAGGUCUUGGGUUGGCAGAGCAAGAUGAAGGAAGUCGAGGCGACGAAUGAACAGACUAGCCGCGCAAAGGAGGAGGAUGUGCUUUGAUUACGACUGACUACGAAUUGGACACUUUGUACAAACGGAAUAAUAGUUUCUUGACAACGGUAAAUAGAGG